AUGUGGGGAGGUCAAAAUAACCUUCCGGUAUUGUCAUUUGCAGCGGAAAGUGGAUACACCCAGCUCGGAGGUCCAACAAUCCAUCACCAUGCUUUCAGGGAACAACUCUCACAAAGCAGCAGUAGUCACGACCACAAAACAAAGACGGAAACGACCACAGUUGAGCAGACGACAAACGAGUCGAAACCGUCUAUGGUGGAUCGUGUCAUAUCUUCUCCUCACUCCGAGGCAACCAGCAAUGGACAGGAGUCAUAUUCGACUUCCUCGAAUCCUCCACCCAACAACAACAGUAACAACCAACUCAAUGAGCUCAUCUGUCUACUUGACUUCAUCCUUGGUCAUGUGAUUGGCGAAUCACAAGAGACUUCUGUCCACCUUAGACGCCAGGCGAAGAUGCUCUGCACUGAACUCUGUACCAUUGGUGGCGGUGGCGGUGGCGGUGGGUUUUUCGCCAACGACCAUAACAACUUGGUCGAUGCUUUCAAAAGCAACCACAGACCAAGAACGAUUUUACGUCAAGGGAGUAAGACGUUUGACCCCAAAGUCAGUGAUGAGUCUCAAGGUGGGACGAUGCUUCAUAUCAGUCGCAUCCACAAACCAAACCCACAGACUCUAAACACCGAUGCAGACAAAUCAUUGGAAGAAAUGAAACAGUCCCAACAGCCGUCGGAAUCAACACUAGGUAGGAUAUACACCGACAUUCUGAAACGGACGAUUGGUUUGGGCACAAAUCAAUCAACUGUUCCCAAAUUGGAAGCUACUACGAGCAGCAGUGGUGGCUAUAAUGACUACGAGGAUGAUAAUGUUGGAACAGACGAUGAAGAUGUGGAAACGUACUCUCGUACACACUUCACCAAGACGCCAGCGAAUAACGCUUCCGGCAGCAGUAAUGGUGGCUUUGAUAGCUACCAUGCUCUUGUAGGCUAUGAAUCACAGAAUACCAGUGCUGCCACAUCUUGUGUAGCCGCUGUCAACAGUGUUGCCAUAGCAGCAGCUGCAGCAGCUGCAGCAGCUGCCGCGGCUUCAGCGAAACAGAAACGCCAUCGAACUCGAUUCACUCCGGGUCAACUGAACGAGUUGGAAAGGGUGUUUGCAAAAACGCACUAUCCAGACAUCUUCAUGCGGGAGGAGUUGGCGUUACGGAUCGGGCUCACGGAGUCGAGAGUUCAGGUGUGGUUCCAAAACCGACGAGCCAAGUGGAAGAAACGUAAAAAGACAGGUAGUAAUAGUAGCAGCAGUGGUGCUGGUGUCAGUGGUAAUACCAAUUCCAAUGUCAGUUCAGCCUUCAAGACGCCCUCUUUAACAAUGAACAGUCUAGCAAGGGGAUUGGAAUCCGCCCAAAACAUUUUCGUGAAGGCCAGUCAACAUUCCACAACACCUCCAAGUCUGUCGUUACUCCACGCAGCGUGUAGUAGAGCGGCCGUUCAAUUGUCACCCGAACAUCUUGGUGUCUACAACCCGCCUCCACCUUCAAAUCGCAUUUCACCCUACUCAACCGCCUCCAUGGCAGGUGGAGGCGGUGGUAGUAGUGUCUAUUCGGGCGGCUACUGCAUGGAAGACCUGACGCACUCAGCCAUGUUUAAGCAAGCAAUGCUGACCAAUAGCGUUCACUCCGGGGGUGGCAAUCCAGCCUCAAGCCAAUCACGAGAGGCCUCCCCACCACCACCACCUCAACACCCACACGCCCCCCUGCAUCCCUCAUGGCCCCCCACCUAUCAAAGCUCUCGACCCACUUCAGUUCCCAUCUCUGGUACUUUUCAGUCAUCCAUCCCCGAUUCCCUUGUUACCGAUGCUCUUAUGAACCAAUACAGUGGCCUCCUGGCUUCUAGGCGUAAUCCGUCUGUGGAGGAACCUCCUAUACCUCCACCACCACCUCCCCAUCCGCCACCUCCACCACUCCAAUCAAUGCAUUAUCAGGAGUACGAGGCACUAAGCAACAUUGAGGCGACGAUGCAAGAUUGCUACCAAGGUCUUUUAGCUCAGCGGAGGCUAGGAGAUUUUGAGUUCUGUGAACGAGGACGUCCUCAGUGGGUGGAGGGAGAGGAUGGAGAGAGGAUUGGUGAGGUGACACCUUUCCCCUUCGUCAGUGGUGCUGAUUCUGUUAACGGUGGCGGUGACACUUCAGCUAUUCCUAAUGCUAAUGGAAAUAGAGGAACUGGCUAUUGUUCGCCUCUUGAUGAGAAAUCUAUAGAAGGUCUAACGGUGUCCAACUCGUAUUUCUCCGCACGUUCAGCUAUCCCCAACCCGUACUCAGAAAAUGAGAAUCCCUCUACAGAGGAUGGCCACAAAAGCUUCGUACUCGAUGUUGGUCAACCAAAUGACACCUCAUGCGCACUAGUUCAUUACAAUAUGUCUCCUCUGUCCAAGAAAUCGCGACUGAGUCAGCAAAACGGACUCCGAGCGUAG